CAGAAGAUUCAACCUUCAACUCUUGGUGUUCUCAGCCAAUCAGCAAACGAUGUUUUGUUGAGCAGAGCGUAAUGACGUUACGUAAACCUCUUUGGUUACGUAAGUUCCAGAGAGCAGGAAGUGUGAUGUGGCUUUGACUCACAACAAAAAUGUCGGCCAUUUUCAACUUCCAGUCACUGCUCACAGUGAUUCUCCUCCUGAUCUGUACCUGUGCCUACAUCAGAGCAAUGGCUCCCAGCCUGCUAGACAAGAACAAGACCGGGCUUCUAGGAAUUUUCUGGAAAUGUGCCAGAAUAGGUGAGCGGAAGAGUCCGUGGGUGGCUUGCUGCUGUGUCAUCAUGGCUUUCAGUAUACUGUUUCUACAGUAGCAGUCCAAAGAACACCACAAAUAGAAACAUCGGGGAAAUAAACAAACAACAAGGCAUGGACAGUACGAUCCUUGAAAGCACCACAGGACCACAAGUUGUUGUCAUUUAGAUCAUGAAAAAACGGAGACCCGCCACCCCUCUCCGUAGGGGGAGGUGUGAGCUGAGCCCCACAGUGUGUCAGGAUCCCUCAACGGACUUCCAGAUCUGUCCAUGUGUAUGCUUAAGUGGAAUGUUUACUCUGGAUGUGUGUGUGGGGGGGCCAAUGCUUUCUGUUAUCUGCCAUUUAGUUUAAAGGAAAGAGUUCGCAUUCUGGCAUCAUUUGUGGGAUCAAAUGAUUGUUUGUCCAAAUAUUUCACACACUUUUUCUUCCCUUUUGACUUUGAUUGCAUCGACAUGUUUGAAAUUCUCCACCAAAAGGACCUUCAUUUCUGUUCUGGGAUGUGAUUCACAAUGGAGGCUUAUAUUUGUAAACUGAGUUAUAACGAGGUGUGACUUUGAAUCAUCUCGGCACCCUCUUUGUAAUGGUAGUAUAGCUCUUCAAGAGUGUAAUUGUCCGGCAUAUUCGCCUCAGAGAGCAACUAAUGUUUUUAAAGCCAGUCAGUUUGCAACUAUUUAUUAAAGAAACUUUUUUGGA